AUGGCUUCAUCUGGUACAAGUUCUUCAGUGUCUGUAAUAUCAAUGAAGACUUUAAAUUUGGCAAACAUCCCAAUCUUCACUAGUGGCAGCAACUACAAAAAAUGGAGAAGGGAUAUCAAUUUGCUGUUGACUCUUAAUGAGUUUGAUAUAGCAAUUGAUAAUACCAAACCUUUGGUGGAAUCAAAAGACCAGAACUAUUACUUAAAAGCAAUUGAGAAGAAGAUUAAGGAGUCUGAGAAAGCAGAAGUAAGCCAAUACAUGUCCUUACUGACUACAUACAAGAUUGAGAGCACUGGUUACAUAAGGGAUCACAUAAUGAAGAUGACAGAUGCUGCUGAGAAAUUGAACUCCAUGGAUGUUAUAUCGGAGAAAGGCAAAGAGAUUGAUGAAAUAAACUUUGUGCAACCUAGAAAAGAGAAGAGAACAUUCAACAAUAGGGCUUCUUCUGCUCCUGGCAUGAUGGGAAGGUUUCAAGCAAAUCCAGGAGAUGCAUAUUGGAUAGUUGCAAAGAAAGUUCUGAGAUAUUUGCAAAGGACUAAAGGUUUCAUGUUGGUUUAUGGCAAAUGUGAUUCUUUGGAACUUGAAGGGUAUACAGAUUUAGAUUUGGAUGGUGAUGUGGAUGAUAGGAAGUCAACAGGUGGUUAUAUCUUCAUGCUAAAUGGUGGUGCAGUUCCUUGGAAGAGUGCAAAGCAAAUUGUUAUUGCCACUUCAACUAUGGAGGCUGAGUUUGUGGCCUGUUUUGAAGGAAUAAAGCAAGCUGCUUAG